AUGGGCGACGGGUUGCCGGAGCCCAGCCGUGUUGCAAACCCUUCUCCCGCCGUGGCCGCCUGCUCCGAAGCAGAAGCGAUCGAAGUGCUGGAAACAGAAGAUGUCCUGCCCAUGGCCACGGAGGACAACCAUAGAGUUGGAAGGAACCAAACUUCAUCUACUCCAGCCUGCUGCCCAAAGGCACAGCUGCCAAGCCACCAACCCCCCACAGAUCAGCCAUUGCUGUCCAGAGCACUGUGUGACCCAAGCAGAGGGCAGAAGCCUGCCAGAAAGCACUGGAAAGCUCUGUUUGAUCAGUUUGACCCUGAAAACACUGGCUACAUCAGUACAGAGAAAUUUCGAAGCCUCCUCCAAAGACAUGGCUCUGAGCUGGACCCACAUAAACUGGAAGUGCUUUUGGCCUUGGCAGACAACAAUUCCGAUGGGAAGAUUUGUUACCAAGACUUUGUCAACUUGAUGAGUAACAAAAGGUCCAAUAGUUUUCGCCAAGCCAUUUUGCAAGGGAACAGGAGGCUGUGCAGCAAGGCCCUGCUGGAGGAGACGGGACUGAGCCUUCCCCAGAGGCUGAUACGGCAUGUUGCGUAUGAGACGCUGCCGCGAGAGAUAGAUCGGAAGUGGUACUACGACAGUUACACCUGCUGCCCCCCACCUUGGUUCAUGAUUGCCAUCACCAUUGUAGAGGUUGCCUUCUUUCUUUACAAUGGAGUGGUUCUUGAUAGAUUUGUGCUGCAAGUCACCCACCCGUUAUAUUUGAAGAACUCAUUGUUAUAUCAUCCUCAGCUCCGUGCCCAGGCCUGGAGGUAUCUCACCUACAUAUUCAUGCAUGCAGGGAUAGAGCACCUUGGACUCAACAUAGUUCUUCAGCUUCUGGUUGGAGUCCCCCUUGAAAUGGUACAUGGUGCAACAAGGAUUGGGUUUGUCUACAUUGCUGGAGUUGUAGCAGGUUCCUUAGCAGUGUCAAUUGCUGAUAUGACUGCACCUGUUGUGGGCUCAUCUGGAGGGGUCUAUGCUCUUAUAUCUGCCCAUCUAGCCAAUAUUGUAAUGGUAAGUGCUGGAAUAGGAAGGGAGCGUAGUUGUGAGCACCAGCUGCAAAAAGAAGAGUGA